CUGAAGAGAGAGGGAGAGAGAGAGUAGGAGAGAGAUUGGGAGAGAGAUUUCAAUGCUAAAGGUUGAAAUGUUAGAAACCCUAUAAUACUGAAAAAGGAAAGCAAAAUCAAAUCAAAAUCGAUGGCGAAAAUUCUAUACAUAUCUAUGUAUAGCUUUACUUAACUCUUUUACUUCUACGCGUACUAUCUUCUCUCUGUCAGCUUUCGCCGUUGCUUAUGGAGAGAUAAACCUAUGUUUCCUUGUUCCUUUCUGAUCAAUAUGAAUUACCCAGAUAGUAUAUAACAAACCCCCUUCAAAUCAUCGACCCGAUAAUCUCUCUUCUCUCUCGCGCCCGCUUCUUUUCUGCAGAUUUGUUUUGAUUUGAUUUGAUUUGGGUUAGUUCAUGGAAGAGACAAGUAAACCAGGGGAAGAUCGAAUUGCAUCAGCGGCGAGGUCGCUCUCAUCAUCCACUAACGUUUGGAGACCAGUGCCAGUGGUGGAGACUAUGUUGCCAGAGCAGCCACUUUUGCCCCAAGAUGAAAGGACUGUUUCAAUGAACCCUUCCCCGGAUGCAGUUGUCCCACCACCAUCAUUAGAACUCACUGGUCAGCAUCAGUCAUCCUACACGGGUGGAACCCAAGCCACUACUCUUCCUCAGGACCAAACAUAUUACUAUGGAGGUUAUGAGAACAACACAGGUUGGGAUCAAUACUCAUAUGUCAAUGCCAAUGGCUUGCAAAUUGUACCUCCACCUAUCUACAAUGAUAAUUCAUCGGUUCUCUUUCAUUCUGGUUAUGGUGUUGAUACACCAGUUGCUUAUGGUCAAUUUUCACCAUUGGCUAGUCCUAUGUCUCCUAUAAUGUUUGACAGCCAAAUAUUCUCACCUCAUCAAAUCCCUGCAUCUCAUCCCUAUUAUCCACCUUCGGUUUCUCCUGGUGUGUCCCAUGUUAAUUCAUCUUUCCCAGCUCCACAAACUGAGAUGAUGACAGCUGGUAAUAAUUUCCAGGAGGCUGUUCCUGAAAAUUUUAUUUGGGGACAAGGACCAGGUUACUUUAUACAAUAUGGACAUCCCAGUGGAGGUGGUAUGUUUGGAGAACAGCAGUCAAAUUCAUUGAACUCCAUAGACAAGCCCAAUUAUAUGACUCCAUUGACAUCACCGGCUGGAGCUUAUUCCCAGCCAUUUGGAAUACUUGGGCCAUAUGAGCAUAAUGUUGGACAGGAACAAAGACCAUAUCAUGGAUAUGGAUGGUUAGGAAAUUCUUCAGUACGACCAUAUCCACAAGGAAAUUCUUAUCAAAGCUCAAAUUAUGGUACUGCCAUGUCUAAUUGGUCUGCCAAUAAACAUGUUCGACAAAUUCCUCAUACAGGUGGUGUGCAACCAAAACAAACAAUCUUCUCAUCCCAUGGCGUGGAAAAUUUCCCUAACGAUCACAAUCGUGGGCCAAGGGCCUCAAAAUUGAAAGGCAAAGGCACUAUUGAAACGAUCAGUUCCCUUUCUGCUGGUCUGGGUAAAUCUGGUCCAUCUACUUCUGGGCUUUACCCUGGUAUUUACAAUCUUCCUGAUUUUGUCACCGAAUAUGACAAUGCCAAGUUCUUCAUCAUUAAAUCUUUCAGUGAAGAUAACGUUCACAAAAGUGUGAAAUACAGUAUUUGGUCUAGCACCGCACUUGGGAACAGAAAACUCGAUGCGGCUUAUCGUGAGGCUAAAGAGAUGAAGGAUGACUGUCCUGUGUUCCUUCUGUUUUCGGUCAAUGCAAGUGGACAGUUCUGUGGGGUGGCCGAGAUGAUCGGAACAGUUGAUUUUGAGAAUGAUGCAGAUUACUGGCAGCAGGAUAGAUGGAGUGGACAAUUCCAUGUCAAAUGGCAUAUGAUCAAGGAUGUACCCAAUACCCAGUUUCGACACAUUCUAAUCGAAAACAAUGAAAACAAGCCAGUUACUCAUAGCCGAGACUCUCAAGAGGUCAAGUUAGCCCAGGGCAUUGAAAUGUUGAAAAUCUUCAAGAGCUAUGAAGCAGAGACAUCAUUGUUGGAUGAUUUCAGUUAUUACGACGAAAGAGAGAAAAACUCACAGGAGAGGAAGGCAAAGAUGAAGGUAAAUAUAACCGAAACUGCAACAGGUACUACUACUAUAUUAGGCGAUGAAUCUAUUGCUCAACUGAGCGAAAAGUUUGCUGGAGUGGUUGAAUUAAGGGGGGAAGGCGAUGAUGUAGUUAAAAAAAGCGAAUGAAGAAGAAUAAGAAGUUUACAGCUAUAUGGUAAGUUUAAGGUGAGGAUGUAGAAUAAGUUUAUAUAAUGUUCUGUGGUGGAAAGUUUGCGGUUUUUCCUGACAAAUAUGCGAUUCUUUAGUUUGGGCGGUUUAUUUAAAACACACCAUAUAAGGUGAUUGGAUAAAGAAAAGACCUUUGCUUUAAUUCUAUUGUAGGGUUAAUCACCAAUCCAUUGUUUCUCAUCUUACUUUGAAGAAGGAAAUUAUUCCGGGUUUUACAUUUC